UCGAGCGGCCGUGGUUUUGCUCUCCUGAAAAGUUUCCUCGCCGUCAAAGCGGGUUUUGCAAGCUGUAGUCUAACACGCGCUAGCAGAGUGUCGACGACGAAGAAACGAGAGGGAGAGGGCGUUUGUUUUAUGUCGCUCGUUGAUGCGUUUCAUCUGUGGGCUGCUUGUCGCAAGGCAGAGGGCAACGUACGUCAGACGGAUUGAAUUCCUGUUCGCGAACGCGGUGGUGACCCCGUCGUUUCGCAUGGUGCACUGUGCAGCGACAUUCGUUCCACUUCGUGCGCUCAUUCGGACUCCGCGCUCGCAUUACGUUGCCCCAGGCGGGCGAGCGUCUCGCUCCCUCUAUCGCUUGUUCUUAUGGUGCGCGUUGUUCCUGUGUGAACCACUCUGGGCAGUCCGCGAUAUCGCGAGAGUCAUCGUUGACGCUGCUUCUCAGAUUACGCGACACUGCUACUUUUUUUUUAUCAUCCAGUUCACCAUAAAGCAAUUCCGUUUUGCUGCCGAGUAAAGAGGUGCGCUAUGUUUAGCUUAUCUCUGCAUAGGUUAGAGUGAGAUAUGAUAAGCGUGGUUGCGAGGUUUCUCGUGACAGCGUUGCCGAUAACGAUUCUUACUCCUGCUCUCCCACCCCGAUAACCUCCUCAGUGCACUUGAUCCACAUACACGCGCACAGUGUCACCUUUGCAUUGAUGCCCACGCAAGCUCGAUUAUGGCUAAAUUUAGGCCGGACCUUCAACUUGGGCCUGGGAAACCUUGGAAUGGGUUUGUCUGUCGCGCUCACCGGUGUGGCUCUGCUGGACCUUGUGGAGAUCUACGACGCCAGUGUGUCAAGCGUCUCCUAUCUGAUCACUACGCGUGGCAUCGGCAACCUAAUAGGCUCUCUGCUAGGCGGGAAGCUGUACGACACCUACAACACGCAAGUGAUAUCGAUCCUGACGAUGAUAUUGAGCUCAAUCACAGUGCUCGUGGUUCCCCUGAGCGGGUACUUGGCAGUCGCACACGUCAUGGUGUUCUUCGAAGGCCUCAGCUUGGGCGCAUUUGGCACCGGCGCCAACGUAUGGAUCAUCAGGAUGUGGCCCGAGAACAGUAGCCCAGCCCUCCAGGCUUUCCACUUGGCUUUCGGCAUCGGCGGCCUCAUCGCCCCAUUCAUCGCCAAGCCGUUCCUCUCACCAGUGGCCGGAGGCAACUCGAGCAGCAUUCUGAACCACACGUUCGGAAUGGCCGAACAGGCUUACCUGACGGCAAACCACACUAGUGACCUCUCGAAAGAACUUCUCGAACUUGGAAGCGACAGCGGGCACGGUUCGGGCAAGAGUCAAGUUCACUACGCUUUCGCAAUUGCCAGUGCCCUAAACAUACUGCUGGUGAUCUCCAUGAUUGUACUUUACUUCGUAGACAGGGCCGAUUUCAAGCCGCAAGAGCCGAGCAACACGGACCCAGCCGAAGCUGUGAUAGCGCAACCAGCGAGCGCUGUCCGGUUCACCCGCACAGUGCUGGCGAUGCUCUGCGCUUACGUGUGCGUUUACGUGGUCCUGGAGUGCUCGUCGUCCGAGAUGUUCGCGACGUUCGCGGUGAAGAGCGACCUGCACUUCACGAAGGAGGCCGCCUCGCGUGUGGUCGCGGUCUACUUCUUCUGCUUUUCCGCCGGUCGCCUCAGUGCUGUCCUGCUCACGAUCAAGGUGUCCGUCUUCUGGAUAAUCAUCGCGUCGCACAUCGUCCUGCUUCCCACGGCGGUCGUUCUCGCGAUGUGGGGUUCCAGUAGAGCCACGGUGCUGUGGUUGGGCAGCGCCCUAACUGGCUUUGCCCAGGGACCGCUAAACGCGGGAGUUACGGCGUGGACGGCAAAGUACAUAAGUAUCACAAACAAGAUGAUGUCGCUGGUUGUUGUUACUGGAGGCGUUGGUUCCAUGUCCCCGCCUCUUCUCGUGGGCCAGUUCCUCGAAAGCAGCCCCGAUGUUUUUCUCUACGUGUGCCUCGCGGCCGCUUCGCUCUGUAUCGUUGUCUUUGUUACCAUGUGCGUAUACGUGCGAGAGGCGACGCGGUCGAAUGAAAGUGAAGUGCUGCUCGAAAGCGUAAAUCACGGGAGCUCUCAAGACAGUCUUUCUCCUCCUAUUCAUUUUUGAGCACCGUAGUGACUGUAUGUCUUCUAGUACUUUGGACAAAAUUGUACGUUUCAAUUGUGAAGAAGGGUAGCGGACACACUCUUGCAAUGGUACUUGAAACUUGUCAAUCGCGUCACGAACGGAACAAGGCAAUCUUAAGUAAAUAAUUAGUGACUUGGGAAAGCACUCUUAAGUUCCAUGUCUUUCGGUUGUUUAUUUUUUAUUCUGAAGAAGCUAGUGUAUGUGGUUGAGAAAAAAUGUAGCGACCACAACAGCAGUUAAUGCUGCACAAGGUCUCUAUGUGGUGCAUUUACCGGCAAACUUAAGCGAAAAAGAGCACGCAUAGUUAAUUUUAAUAUAUUGCAGCUCUCACAGUAUUAAGAAGCUUUCCAAAUACAUAUGCGGCGUAAAAGCAUAGUGCUUUAGCUUUUUAAUCAUUCUUCACAGGCUGUCGCCAUUUGAUUUGCUGAGUUUGCAUUUUCACCUCUGGUAACAGCUUCAACCGACUGUUUCCCACGUAGUGCGGAACAUGAUCAAAAACACCAUAUUUUUCAAAAAUAAAGAUUGUGAAAGAAGUGCUGGAUUUGAGAAUGCCGCUUUUGUCAGUUUAAUCAAUCACUUUCGGAAAAAAUAUGAAUUUCACGCAAUGUCAUAUGCAAUCGUUGAUCUGGAUUAUGGUUCCAAGUAUUCCUUUUUUCUUUAUGUGCAUGCUAAUAACUGGACUUCCUAUAUGCAGCAUGAAAACAACCUCUUGCUGUAUGCUCUCGCUUGUAGGCUUCUCUGGUACAUUACUCUAUGCAGUGCUGCAUUAAAGUUUUGUUUUCUGUUCUUUUUCGUUUUUCUUUAUCGUCGCCGACAGUCUGGAAGAGCUAAAUGCUGACAGCGUCCGUGAGCAGCGUAAAAUCCAUUGUGACUUGCUAUAAGACUGCAGAUUAUGAAAUUAACGUUCUGCAGUUUUUAAUGUGCGCUGCUGAGAAUACCCGAUAACGGAAACCCAAUAUUCCCCUGCGGCCGCACAACAUUUGAACGUGCACUGCACAUACCAGCGAAGCUUCGCUGUGCUGGGGCUUAAGUGUACUCUCGUGGUAUAUCCAGGUGGUCGUCAUAGAUGCCUCUGGCCACGCUACGUAGGGGGUGCAAAACAUCUUUGAAGCUUUAGUAUAAGAAUAACCGUACAAGGAAUUAAUAAUCUUGCUUCGUUAUCACCAGUGCAACCCUUUACGCUAGCGAUUACGCUUAGUUGCUCAUCCACACAAUUUUUGUUGGACUGCGACAGCGUUCUGAAAAAACCACUCGAACAUGCCCUUAUAGUCUCGUAUCUUUGACGGUUUCAGCUAUGAGUGAAUGAAUGAAAUUAUUUUUCCUGUUUACAACAGAACAGAAGCAGAAGCGAAAGGUUGUAUGGCCUGACUAAAGCUUCUGCUCCGACAGUACUGCCCGCAAGCCGUGCGCAGCCCACAAAUCGCACAGACAUGCAGAAAUCCAAUCGGGUGUCGCGAUACAGCACAUUGUUUUUUGGCUAGAAAAGAACACGUACGCAGAAAUAAAAAAAAAUUCCGACCGAAUACAAUCAAGCUGCACUUCUUAUAAAGGUACAGCUGUAAUUUGAAAAGGAACAAAAAUUAAGAGAGAAAAAGUAGACCAUGGGCGCUAUAACGUAAAACUAUUCCAAACUUUUCUAUUCCAAUUCUGCUAUCAGCCCUCCAUGAUUGGUCAAAAACUUUUUUCGACCACCCCCAUUUCACCUGUCUGUCACGCGACGUCACGAAAACCGCUAUACCUCCCCAUCUGAUAUGAUGUGUACACACUGAUUAUGCAUGAUUUGACAGAAAAAAGAAAAACAGUUAUUUCUGAUUCGACCCCUUUUCGCCAUUAGCCCUCGGCUAUUGGUAAAAAGUUUUCGGGCUGCACCCACUUCACCUGCCUGUCACGCGACGUCACAAAACCGCAAGAACUCACUGCGUCAAAGUGACGUGUACGCGAUAAAGAUGCAUUAAUAUGCCGAACAAAACUGAAUUUUCUUCUGAAUAGCCGCAGGCUGCCCCGCUACGAAAGGAAUAAAAGAUGGCUGCCGCCGAUCGCCCAGGCACUGGCUACUCGCACCUACCGGAAAGCAUGGGUUUAUUUGCAUAUAAUUAACUUUUUGCAUAGCCGCGUAACGUUUUCGAGCACUUUCAGCACGUUUACGACCACGUUCUGCCAACUCUUCUUUGCUGAGGGUCCGUUUUAGCGUCAUUCUUGAGCUUCCGUUGCAUGCCGCCGCGAUUUUCGACCAGCCACAGCAAGCUAAGUAAGGGAAAGCCGACCAAUCGUAGACGCCGGCACCACCCACUUCAUCCGGUUGUCGACUUUCAGUGCAGUGGUUCGGCCCCAUCGAAUGCCUCUCCACUUGAGCGUUCUCCUCGCCUCUUGUCAGCCAAUUAGAUACGACAAGCCGCUCAGUGUAGGCAAUGUUAUUCGUUUUUCAAGCAAACAAAAGUGACCUCCUAUGAACGAGGGGAGUGUUUGAUAGGUCUGUUCAGACAACCCUGCGGGUGACCGCCCGGUGCUUGCGUUGGUGGUUACGCAAAUUUGACGUCAGGAGAUUGGAAUAGAAACAUAUUGGAAUAGUUUUACGUUAUAGGGCCCCAUAUUAGAGACAAUUUAUACUACGUAUGCAGGCAAACUCGUUAUUGUUCGCAAUGAGAAGAGAUUUGUAUGAUUUAUUAGAAUCCUCCAUAAUUUCGUAAUCAUAAUCACGUAGGCGAUUUAGUAGUGAAGAUGCCUGAUAACUGACUAGUUGAUUUCAGCUGUCUCGAGGUCGAAUCAUUUGUUUAGCGACAUGCAUACUGUACAGCGUCCCAUGAAGCGAAAAUUGAUGUGCUUGGGAGCGGAAGAAUCGAAAACCUCAGGAAAAUUGGCAAUUUACCGCUUUGAGAAGCCCCGUUUUUUUUUUUAAUAA